CCAAGAUGGGAACUAAACUGUCCGUCUCAUUGGAAGGAGCCAGUACACCAGAAACCGCGCCACGUGUCGACAGACCACCAACUUUCGAUCCUCAGUAUGGAUUCGAGCGACCGAGAAAGGUCCGCGAGAUGAAGGCUACUUGGGAAGAGAUGGAGCAGUGGAAGUUGAAGCCAGCUCAACGCGAUUAUUGUGCUCACCACUUGAUUUCACUCAUGAAAUGCCAAACCCAAAAUGCACCAUUUGCCGGACACGCGUGCGACGGAGAACGUGGAGCUUGGGAUAAAUGUGAAUAUGAUGAUCAUAUCAUGAGAAUCAAAGAAUUCGAACGUGAACGACGAUUGCUUCAAAGACAGGCUCGCAAAGAAGCCACUGCUUGAAUAGAUGUCGAUGAGAUAUUUCUUUAAAUGAUUUUUGAUAAUAGUAUAGUUUUUUGUGAAUACUAUGUGUCUUUUGUUUCGUUUCUUUUUCUCUCGAUUUCGGAUAAAUAUUGAGUCGUAC